AUGAAGAUCACAGAAGAAUACUGUGGUUUGGAGCCACCUGUACAAAAGCUAGAGAUUAGGGAGGCCUAUGAACAACUUUCAACCCAAGAAAAAUGCUACGCACACUAUAUGAGGGAGGCAGCUUUCCACGGCUCUCGUAUCAUCAUGCGACAGGUGUCUCCCGAAUCCGAGACUAUCUUCAAUCUGAUAAUUCAGUUGUGGAGGACUUGUGACGGGGACUGGGCGUCUCUCGCCAUGAGAACAAGUCUGGACGAGCAAGCUAUCUCACAGUUCUUGGACUAUGCUGCAACUGCAAUGGAAAACCUAGGAAACUACAAGGGCUAUGGUGAUCAGAAGUUUAUUCCAAGAAUUGCUCCGCACGAUCUUGAGAAACUUUGUUUGGUAUCUCCAGAUGCACUUGAAUUAUUCAAUCUGGCUCGGCCAUUCAUCUUCGGAAUAACCCCCAAGACAUUGGGCUAUCCAGAUGAGGGUGGUAUGAGUAACUACUAUCCGGAAUCACCUCACUUGACCAAGGAAGAAAUUCGUGCCGUUGGAGAUGCUACGUGUUCGAAACUUUCCCUACGCAACACAAGGCUGCAGAAAUUGAUUACUGAAAGCGGUGUCGAGUACCAUCUUUUAGUUGCAUCAGUCUCCAAACAUCCAGCAAAGCCCGAACUUCAAAAUCUGGUUCUUCCUGAUGGCUCCAAAGUAAUUGUCAAGUAUGGCGACCACUCUGACGACUUAUCGCGUAUUUGCGACAGCCUGGCUAAAGCAAAAGACUUUGCAGCUAGUAAAGAGCAGGAGAAUUAUUUAUCUAAACUGAUCUCCUUCUAUCAAACUGGCGAUAUUGAUACCCACAAAGAAGCAGCGAAGGACUGGUUAGCUGAUGACGCGCCUUGUGUCGAGACCUGGGGUGGGUUUCUAGAACCUGGACGCGAUCCAAAUGGCGUUCGGUGUGAAUUUGAAGCACUAGUCGCAGUGAAAGAUAAGAGAUGGAGCGAAGCGUUCGGUCAGUUAUCUAGCCGCGCUGAGCAGUUCAUUCUCCAACUUCCUUGGAGUGGGCUGGGCCCUGACGGAAAAGAGCUCGGCCCUUUUGAGAAUGACACCAUAGCCAAAGCCAACUUCGUGGCCUUGAACCUGCUUUGCUACUGUGCCAGUAAUGUCUGGACAGGUCUUACCGCACCAGGCUACCCUGAAAUCAAGGCGGAGAUUGGUCAGAAGAACAUGACAUUCUCUAAUAGAGUGGCGGCGAACAACGCGUCUGGUCAAGAGCAUAGGUUCCUGAACCCGGUCGACGUUGAAUUAUUCGAAGCUAAUAGAUCCCUCUGCUUCUUUUUGCAGCUGGCACUUCAUGAACUCAUCGGCCACAGCUGCGGUAAACCUGUCGAAAGUUGGUAUGGGCUCGGAGAAACACCAGAGACUUCAUUUGGCGGCAUUGCUACUGCAUACAUCGAGUGCCUUGCUGAGGGUAUUGGUCUUUACCUGAUGUCUGCCGACGGCGUCCUUGGGACUCUCGCUCCAGACACCACCUCUAAUAUAGAUGAAGUUGUCUACAUUGGAUAUCUUUCAAUUGCGUGUAUGGGGCUUCGUGCUCUCUUAUCCUACAACCCCGGGACGAAGAAAUGGGGACAGGUCCAUGAUCAAGCCCGCUUCGGUUUGUUGAAAUGCUUUCUCAAUGCCGGUCAUGGCUUUGCAACAAUUGAACAUGCAACAGAAGAACCUAACUCGGUCAAGAUCGUCAUGUCGCGGGAGAAGAUCGCAACCGUUGGACGACCUGCUCUCGGGUCUCUCAUCCACGAGUUGCACAUUGCAAGGUGUACUAAGAGCGUUAAAGAAGGGUCUGACUUGUUUGAGAAUCUGACUGCCGUGGAUGAAGUUGCUCUUCGGUGGCGGGCGGCAGUGGAAGCGACAAAGGGCCCUCGUACGCUUUUCGUACAUCCUAAUACCAAACUUGAAAAUGGUAUUGUAUCGUUAUUCGAGUAUCCAGAGACUAAGCAAGGUCUGAUUCAAAGUUGGGUUGAUAGGCAGCUGUGGUAG